AUGCACGCCAAACGACAAGGAAGAGCCUGGUACCACUGGUUUGCCGCUGAUGACAGCCCCGAGGAGCGCAAACUCAUCCUGAAGCUGGAUCUGCUCAUCGUGCCCUACGCCUUUCUGGGUUAUUGGAUCAAGUUUAUCGACCAGUCGAACAUCACCAAUGCAUACGUCGCCGGCCUCAAGGAGGAACUCGGUUUCUAUGGGAAUGAGCUCGUCCAACUGGGCGUCGUCUAUACCGUCGGGAGCGUCGUCGGCCAGCUUCCAUGCACAUAUCUCUUCCCGCGCUUUCCCAUGCAUUACCUGGUCCCUGCCUUCGAAUUGGGCUGGGGCAUCUUCACCCUCUUGCAGUACCGCGCCUCCAGCUACGCAGAGCUCAUGGCAUAUCGAUUCCUGAUUGGGCUUUUCGAGGCUGUCUUCUUCCCGGCUGUUCACUAUGUCCUCGGUUCCUGGUAUCGCGCAGAUGAAAUCGGUCGCCGAGGUGGCAUGUUCUACGUGGGAUUGACCCUGGGUACUCUGACUGCUGGUUUGAUCCAGAGUGGCGCCUCGGCCCAUCUCGAUGGUGUUAGUGGUCUAUCAGGCUGGAGGUGGAUGUUCAUCAUCAACGCCCUUAUGACAAUCCCCGUCGCCAUUGCCGGCGUAUUUGUCUGGCCCGGGACUCCCGACAAACCCAACAGAUGGUUCCUGUCACCUGCCCAAGUGGAAAUGGCCCGCGAACGCCUGACCGUCGGCAUUCCCAAGAAGGCGCGCAGUGCUCAAGUGACGGUGAAGGACCGAUUCAUCCACAUCUUCACCGACUGGAAAAUCUAUACCCUCACGCUUUGGGGGUGUAUCUACUGGAGCAUCAACGCCGCAUCUUAUGGAGGCUAUCUGAUUUGGUUGAAAGGCCUGAAGCGCUACAACGCAUCUCAAAUCAACGAAUACGGCUCGACCUCGGCGGCCGUCGGCAUUUUUUACGUGCUGUUCCUCAACUUCGGCUCGGACCUCUUCCUCGGCCGCACCGGCGCCAUCACUCUGUCAUGCGUGGUCAACAUCAUUGCCAUGAUCAUCCUGACCAUCUGGAAUGUGCCGGAGGCGGCACUGUGGGUGGCAUUCAAUCUGUUGUACGCCCAGUUCGGAAUGAGCUCCGUCUUCUACGGAUGGGUGAACGAUAUCCUGCGUAACGACACGCAGGAAAGAGCAUUCACACUCAUUAUCGUGAAUGCUGUCUCGCAAAGCACCACUGCCUGGAUCCCCCUGUUCACUUUCCCCACCAAGGAAGCCCCCAGUUUUCCAAAGGGCUACCCGUUUGCUCUGGCCAUGUCGGCGGUGCUGAUUCUGUUCACCAUCUUCGUGAUCAAACCGCUGCAUAAAAGACAAGAAAGAAAGAUUGCCCUUCAGAUCAGCUCGGAAUCGGAAUCGGAAUCUCCUUCGAUUGGAGAUGCGGAAUCUGAGAAGAGCGCCCAUAUCAAGCAGGACGGUCUUACCACCACGGUCAAACCUGUGACGGUAGUGUAG